AUGGGCAGUGCGACGCUUGCCGACGACGACGCGCCCGUGGGGCCCAAAGCCGCGGGCUCGUCCUACAACAGCGCCCCCUCUGGACAUGGUUUGCGCCGCGCAUUCACCCUCGACGAGGCUCGUAAGCGGCCGUCGUUCCAUGCAUCCCCCGAUGAUGCCACAAGAUUGCGGCGUCGGAGCUCCAAUUUCACAGACUACAGUCUCGGCGAGGCACGCGACAUUUUGAAUCCACAAGCUAGAGAAGGGGAGAUGCCCGCUUCGGACAGCUCAUCACUGGCAACCAUAUCGAUCGCCGUUGCGCUUCUGCCGGCGAUAGCAGGUGCCCUCUUCAAGGAUGGAAGUGCUUUCAUGACAGAUCUGAUGCUGCUGGCGCUGUCCGGCGUCUUCCUGCACUGGUCGGUCACGCAGCCGUGGAAAUGGUACCACACUGCUCAAGAGGUCCGUGUGGAGCAUGAACAGGGCGCCGAGGCCGCCACAGAAGACAGCGAUGCCGAGCUGGACGCCAGCCCAGGGGGUGAGGCGCCUCUCGAGAAUGUGCCCGAAGAGGGCGAUGAGAAGGGGUCCCAGUCGAGCAAAAACAAAUUGCCGCAACCGGUAGGCUUGACCACGGAGCAAAAGUCUGCUUUGCGCGAGCUAUACGUCUACGAGACAUCGGCGUUGCUCUCGUGUUUCGCCAUGCCUCUUCUGGCUGCCUAUCUCCUCCACGCUCUUCGCACCCACCUCAGUCGGCCUUCCGAGGGCCUCGUGUCUAACUACAAUCUGACCAUCUUCUGCAUGGUGUCCGAAGUACGCGCCUUCUCACAUAUGUUCAAGCUGGUACAGUCCCGGACAUUGCACCUGCAACGCGUGGUCCAAAAGGCCUCGCAACCCUCAGCAACAAGCACCCGCAUAUCGGAGCUGAUGACGCGUCUCGAACGGUUGGAGACACAGAGCUCGUCUCUCCAAGAACCCGAAAAGGAAAAUGCAACGAAGACGGCAGACACUUGGAAGCAGGAGGCGGCCAUGGUUCGUCAAGUGCGCAACGGUAUCCAGCCCGAACUCGAUGCGCUCAAUCGUGCGGUGCGACGGUAUGAGAAGAAGGCUACGUUGCUGCAAAUGCAGACCGAGUCGCGUUUCACGGCCAUGGACGGCAGGUUGGAGAAUGCCAUUGCACUGGCGGCCGCAGCGGCGAAGAAUAGUGCGACCUCGCACAGAAGCCUGAAACAACAGACCGACCAUGCUUCGGAACUGAAGCUACGACAGAUGUUACUUGAGCGAGUCAAGUCAACGCACAGAUGGUUCAACAGCGCUUUGGGGCCCGGGGAGCACGACAGACGCACGCCGGGAGGAGUACCGAUGGAUGCAGCAAGCACGGCAUUUCGCGACGCCGUGGUGAAGAGCGGCGAUCUUGGCUCGUUCAAGGCGACUCGUGUGAUGCAUGACGCCUAG